CCCCGCCCCGCCCCCGGCCCCGCCCCCGCCGCGGCGGGCAGGACCGUGCGGGCUGCGGGCUGGCACCGGGCCCGCCCCGCCCAGCACCGGCACCGGCACCGGCCCAUGGCGGCUCCGGGAGCGGCCGACACCGCAGGCAGCCGGUGAGCCCAGGCUGGAGCGGGGCGGCGUGGCCGGUGUCGUGGUGUGACCAUGCAGGCGGAGGCCCGCGGGGAUUUCUGCGGCAGGGAGCAGUGCCCCGAGCUCGGCAAGGAGACUCUGGUCCCGGAACGCCCGGCGGGGACCCCCACCCAUGCGCCAGCACAGCAGCCCCCCGGAGCCCCCACCGAGGAGCAGGGCAGCAUUCCCAUCCCCAGCGCUGGCCUGCUGCAGGUCACGGAGCGCCGACAGCCCCUGAGCAGCGUCUCCUCGCUGGAGGUGCACUUCGACCUGCUGGACCUGACCGAGCUGACCGACAUGUCGGACCAGGAGCUGGCCGAGGUCUUCGCCGACUCCGACGAGGAGAACGCGGCCGGGGAAGCGCCCGGUGGGCUGCAGCCGGUGCCGCGGGCCGGGUACCUCCGCUCGCCCUCCUGGACCCGAGCGCGGGAGCAGGGCAGGGAGAAGAAGCACCUCAGCGACCCGGAGCUGCCGCCGGGACCCCCGGACGCCUUCCUGCCCGCCGACCGGCCGCGGGAGCCGUAGGGACGGACCCGGCCCUGGGGGACGGCCCCGUGGACCCGCUGGGACCGGCCGCUUCGUUCGGACACCGCUGGAGCCCGCCCCGGGCCGCAGGACUGUCAGCGGGGAUGGGCCGCGGGGAGAAGCGGCCCGCAGUCCCAAGGGGGGGCCCGGUGGACCGGUGCCCCCACAGACCCGCAGCGGAGCGCGGCCGGUGCCGAGGCCUGCCCGGUUCUCAUGUAGCAGUGCCGUGUUCCGGUAAAACCGAGCCACCCAC